GCCUCUUCCGACCCCAUGGAGCUGUACGAGACACCCCCCUACUUCUACCAGGAGCCCCACUUCUACGACGGGGAAAACUACCUGCCUGUCCACCUCCAGGGCUUCGAGCCGCCGGGCUACGAGCGGACUGAGCUCAGCCUGAGCCCCGAGGCCCGGGGGCCCCUCGAAGACAAGGGGCUGGGGACCCCCGAGCACUGCCCGGGCCAGUGCCUGCCGUGGGCGUGCAAGGCGUGUAAGAGGAAGUCCGUGUCCGUGGACCGGCGGCGGGCGGCCACGCUGAGGGAGAAACGCAGGCUCAAGAAGGUGAACGAGGCCUUCGAGGCCCUGAAGCGGAGCACCCUGCUGAACCCCAACCAGCGGCUGCCCAAGGUGGAGAUCCUGCGGAGCGCCAUCCAGUACAUCGAGCGCCUGCAGGCCCUGCUCAGCUCCCUCCGCCAGGAGGAGCGUGGGCUGCGCUGCCCGCGGGGCGGGCCCCAGGCGGGGGUUCCCAGUGAAUGCAGCUCCCACAGCGCCUCCUGCAGUCCAGAGUGGGGCAGCGCCCUGGAGUUCGGCCCCAACCCAGGGGACCAUCUGCUCCCAGCGGACCCUGCCGACGCCCACAACCUGCACUCGCUCACCUCCAUCGUGGACAGCAUCACCAUGGAGGACGUCUCUGUGGCCUUCCCGGACGAAACCCUGCCCAACUGAGGUGGUCUGCGGCCAGCGGCCAGGGGCCCACAGGCUGGCCACAGAUGCCGCCACUUGGGGCCUGGGGGCCGCCUACGCCAGGCUGUCCUGAGGCCAGGAGGCCAGCCUGCCCCCUCCUCGCCUGUUGAAGGUUAAGCCACCACCCAGAGAGGGAGUGGGCGCUCUCACUCGGCUGACUGCUCAGAGCUCCCAGGGCCAUCCGGGUCCAGGGAGACAGAGCAGGGGACCAGAGCGCCUGCGGGGGCCCCCUCAGGGGCAAACUCAGGAGCUUCCCUUCGAUUAUAACCCAGCCUUCCACUCCUCCCACCCCCAAAAUCCCGUCCUGACCCAGACACACGGUGCACCUGCGUCUGCUCUUCCUGAGGCAGCGGCCGGGCUGGGCCUGCCCUGACUCGGGAGCAGGAAGAGGUGUCCCUGUCCCCAGGUCCCGGGGCCAAGCUUCUGCGUGAACACUGGGAACUCCCAGGUUUCUGUUGUUUGUUCUGCGUGUUGUUUGUGAAGCUGCCAUC